UAGAGCAAGUGAUUUAGCAAAAUCGCCAGUGCUUGGAAAACCACGAUAUUCCGGUGUGUGUUUGUGUGUAUGUGUGCGCGCGCGUGUGUGUGUGUGUGGGGGGGAGGGGGUAAGAGAGGAGUGAACUCUUGUUUCGAUACUUUCGUCUCUGUGCGUGUUAAAGCGAGGAAAAUUGAAUGAAACUCAAUCGGCCAAUGAGCAGAGAACCCUCAAAUGAAAAUGAUCAUGGUCGGUAGUCAAAGUGUGUAUACAGUUGGAAAAGUUCGGAAGUUUAAAACUUCAUCCAUUACAUGGAGUUCACCCUAAUUCAAUUAACAUUCGAAUGUUCAACUCUCCCGGCUCGUAUCCUCGAGUUUUUGAAAUAUUUAACAAAAGUACCUCAAUAAUUAAGCUGAAAGUUUUACAGCGAGAAAGCACGUGUCAAAAAAUAUUUGCAGAGAAACAGUAAUUAAAUAGUAAGGAGCAGCAACAGAGGUUAUUAAUGUUUGUGCUGGUUGGUGAACAUUUCAAGGUUCUUCUUGAAAAUUGCAACGACUAAGACCAAGAGUCAUAAAUACAUAGUGUCGUGUAUUAAAUUCAUAAACCGUAGAAUCUUAAUGAAGAAGCGAAACAUCCGUCUCGAAGAGGUCACAUUACGUUCGUCACAAGUUUUGUGCCAUUUGACUUCAAAAGAACAACUUUGUGAGCUCGAAAUGUAAACAUCGUUUGAAAGAGUGACCGGGUGGAACAAUUUAUAAAGAUUGAAGAUCCAGAUCUUAACGGCUUUUCGAAUCGUCGUGACCUCGUAAAUGAAACAGCUGACAUAAAGUUCCAUCAUUGGCAUGAUUUAUGACUACUUUUUGCUUUUCCGAUGCUGCUAUUAUGGUAGCAUAACGCAUCAACGAAAUAAUUCUAUAUGAGAAGGGAAUACGAUGGUGAAUGUAAGAAGCAAAGAAAAGCUGUAAUUUUAGCUUGUGUGUACCAAAUGCCAUGCUCGAGACCAGAUCGUCAAUGAUCAUGAUAAAUGGUAAAAUAAUCCUUGAGUGGUCGAAUAACUUGUGGCCGUCUGAAGUUAUACAUUAAAAAAAAAAGAAAAAUAAUUUAAUACUUAAACUCUCAAUUGGUCACACAGUAAAAGCAGCAGAAUGUUCACAUUGAAAUAUCAUCUCUCUUCGUGACACAGUGACUUGAAAAUACCUUGGAGAACAUAUAAUCCUCAAUGAAUGAGAACAAAAAUAAAAUCGUCUUUUUUUCAUCAAUAGUCCCGCAUCCCCGUUGAUGACGCAAUAUAUAAGUCGUGAACGUGCGAGAAGUUUGGCCGAGUUUGGGGGCUCAUACGUUCCACCAACUUCUUCUUCAGCUUCUUCUUCGAUCAUUCUUGUCCGUUCUAUCCUUUCGCUACUAAGAGGAAUUCACAGCUUGGUCCAUUGCCCAAACUCACGAAGCACCGUGUACAUUUUCUUCUGGGAAUUUUCGCGAACCAGGAAUGACGAAGAAACAAAGUGGCUGAUCUGUAUGCACUUUAAGAAAAGUUUUUCAAUCCAUUGUUUUUCUUUCGUGUUUUUAUUUUUCUUCGUGACAAAUUUCACUCGAUUUAAAAAAUUGUCAUGAGGAACACGCCUUUUGGUUUAUCAUUCCAAUAGAAAUUUAUACGCAUACUUAUUUAUCUAUACGUGACGAUGCUGACGAUAUGAAUGAUCGUCUGAAGAGUAAAAACCUUAAGAUUCUCAAAAGUACAGAGUAUCUCCAUCGCCUAUUAAGCAGGUUGUGGCAAAUAGGAGAUUGCGAAAGAACGAACUUUUCACAACUUGUUUCAUUUAAUUGAAUCGUCAUCGCUACUUUUUGCUGUGCUUCAUAAAGUCUUAAUCAUAAGAUGAAGAAAAAUGAGUAAAUUAUAGCGAAAAGGGAAUAUUUAGUGAAACAUCUUCAAGCAAUUGGAACAGGAGUAAGGUAAUACGGAUUUCGGAAUUAACACGAAAGAAAUUUCGAUAAAAUCUCGGAAUCAAUAAUUGAGCGUUGAUGUUCCUCGAAUAAAUAAUAAAGUGUAAAAGAAGAAUCGUGACAGUAAUAAACGAUGAGUUAUAUAUGAAAUUCUCUCAAGGACACCAUGUCAAACGUGAGCACCGAUGGAUUCGCAGGAUUAGCGACGUUCAAUUCGACGAUUUUGAUAAAGCACGGAAAAAACUAUUGGUGGGAAAAUGGUCGUGUGCAGAUUCCACUUUAUACAAUUAUUUUUCUGUUAGCUGUAAUUGGUAAUUCGUUGGUUAUAUUGACACUCGUUCAACAUCAACGUAUGCGUACCAUUACAAACGUGUUUCUACUUAAUCUUGCCGUCUCGGAUCUUAUGCUCGGCGUUUUGUGCAUGCCAUUUACUCUUAUCGGUACGAUACUUCGAGACUUCGUGUUCGGCGAGGUUAUGUGCAAGCUCGUACCAUAUCUGCAAGCUUGCUCGGUCUCGGUUUCGGUGUGGACGUUAGUUGCUAUUUCCGUUGAGAGAUACUACGCCAUAUGUCAUCCAUUGAGAUCUCGUCGAUGGCAAACCCUGUCGCAUUCUUACCGGCUUAUCGUUGCGAUAUGGUCGUGCAGUUUUCUCGUCAUGUCACCGAUAGCUGGUCUUAGCGAGCUUAUACCAACGAGCACCGGACACAGGAAAUGUCGUGAAACGUGGCCAGGAGAUGGCGAAUAUGAAAGAGAACCUUGUGCAAAUCGGAUCCACUGACGAUGUCAACGUUCGAGCGCAACAGUACACAAUCAUCAGCAAGCUGUUCGAUGCCUUCGGUAGUAUAUGUGACCUCUAAAGGACGAAAACCUGUCACGCGAUGUUCUUCGACGAGUUUGACAUCCAGCAACCGGGAACAUAAUCGACUUCUCAUAACUGG